GAUAAAACAUACCUGUUUCUCGAUGUAUGCAUAUUUUCAUAAGAAGAAAAAUAGUAUUAAUAUAUACUUUAAAAGUAAUAAAUCCACACUACAUUUCUAAAUAAAAAUCUACAGUUGAGAGAUUCCAUUUCUUUUAAAGCUUUAUUUAUCCAAGCAAGACAGAUUAAGGGUGAAAAAAAUCGUAUUUUCAAAACUUUGGCUUGGCAAAGAAAUUAGAAAGAAGAAAAAGAGAAAGAGAAAUAAAAGGAGUUACAACAGAUACAGAAAAAAAUCAAAAUAAAGCAGCAAUAACAGACAAUCACUAAAAUAAUUAAACAAGUAAUUUCAUUAGAAUCAUAUCAGUUGGUUACAGCAACAUUUUUCUUUAAAACAAUCAUUAAGAUUCUAUUUUUGCUUUUCAAUGAGGCCCAGGUGUGGAAGUCAGGAAAAUCAUUGACGUCAUUAUGUUAGGAUUAAGAGUCACUUUUUGAAAUGUGAGCAUCACCCGAAGAAAGCUGUUUACUGCUUUUGUUUACAUUAAAUGUUCCUCCAUCGCCUUUUUCUUUCAAAACCCAUAACUGGUGAAGCUACAAAGAUCAACAGAAAUUAAAAAAAAGGUACACUUGUGUAGUUUUUUUCUUUUGAAAUGUUUCUUUUCUUUCUACAGUUCUCAGUUUUUGAAUUUAGUUCUUAGUUAAAUUUGUAACCCCUUGAUGUAAAAAUUACAGUGAAAUUCCAACCAUAUUAAUAGUAUUCUACUGUUUUCCUUUUUUACAGUCUGUAAACUGUAAAUUCCUACAUUAGUUAUUAAUUUUGUGCAUAAUUUUGUUGAUAACGAAUGAAUUUAAGCAACAAAACGACCCGAAGAGCCGCCAGGGAGCUCAGAGAGCCGGUUCUAGCCCCGCCCUCUUAAGUCAGAAUGACUUGUUUUGCAUUUGAGGAGGAGAAAGAAACUGGAGGCAUAAAUAGUUCUUUGUGUUUUUGGAAGAAUUGGAAGUUAUGAAUAUUGAUUGAAUGUCUUUAACCAGGUUCAUAGGGCUAGAGCUCAUUGCUUUGAAAAUAAAGUUAAAUGAAAGACAAGAGGAUCUGCGGUUUUUCGCUUCAGAAUUUGUGGAGUGGAUAAAAAGUAAGGUAAAGUAACGAGUAGUAAAUUACUUUUUAAAAUAAGUAAUUGUCUCUUUCCGCUGCGAGUCUGUCCGCCAGUCACAACGCUUCAAUUCAGUUCCAAUAACAGAAGAAGAUGGUUCUGGGAGACUUCUCAUCUCAGUGUUGGACUCGCAUCCAUGAGUGACAAGCAGAGAAGAGACCCGCCCCGCCUUGAAUGAAUGAAACGGCUCUUAAAAACAAAAAUAAGGAAGAAAAAAAAAUUACUCAUUAACAGCUGACCUGCACUCGGUUUGGCUAAGAUUUUAUUCAUUACUUGUUGCUCAUCUCUGUGGCUUAACUUGGAUUUCUACUAUUCUACAGCAGAUGGAGGCUGCAUCUAUGAACUAUAGAGACACAAAUGACAGGUGUGGCAUUUUGGCUUUGCUGCAGUUUUGCACCUGGAUGCAGCUUUGACAGUUACAAUGAGAAGGACAAAGAUUAAAGAGAGCUUCCACCCAGCGUUCAGUGAGCCGGCACUAAUAUGCAGCUGAGCCACCUCCACUGGAUUUUAAUUUCUGCAGCAACCUGACAUGUCUGUUGGUCCAAAUAAAUGCACUUUCAGCCUGAUGUAAAGCCUGACAUGCCUCAUUGACUAUAGUAUUGGAAAACACAAGAAAAGAAAAUGCGUUUGAAUUUCUUAGAAGAUACAUUUUUUAAAAUAGUAAUAAGAUUUGUGGUUUUCUUUGCAUAAGUAUGUUUAAAAAUGUUCUUUUUCGUCAAGAUGUGCUAAAAAAAAUCCAACUUGUUUUCAGGGCAGUGUUCUGCAGACCUUUGUCCUACGUGUGUCAUUCAAAUCCCAGCAUGUGCUGAAGCUCUUAUGAUGCUCACACAACAGAAGAUUCUCAUCUGAGGCCAACAAAGGUGGAACAAAAGGAAUACGCUGCUGCUGCUGCUGCACGCUGCAGAACCGCAGGUUUUCAUCAAUGCGUCUGUAUCACAGCUCACCGGUGUCUGAAAAUAUGGGCCUCAGAAACAAAAAAGACAGACAUCUCUGCUGGAUGAUCACACCUCACCAGGUGAUUGAAACCCAGCAACAGGAGGAGGAUGACCUCAUCCGACCACGAAAGCUGAUAAAUCCCAUCCUGGCCUCUGCUCAGCGCCGAGCUCUUCAUCAAGAGCUGCUGUUCUGUUGGAGGCGAGGCGCGCUGCCGCGAAGGAAGCCGGAGCUGCAGCGCGUGAUGGAGCACAGGAAAAGGGAGCAGCUCAGAAAAAGGGAGCAGGCUCUGCGUCCACCCUCUGACCUCCAAGUGAAACUGCACAGAAGGCAGCAGAGAAUACAGUUCUUGGAGAUGGAGGAAAAGAGAAGGACGGAACGUCAAAAGAACCUCCCAGAGUUUGUUCGUGUGAGACAAACCCUGAAACAUAUACAAAAGGUCAAAUAACAGCCAGAUAAAAUGACCAAAAAUAAAUGAUUUGUCACAAAAAAUCCAAUUUACAAAUCUGUUUGUGAUUAUGGACUAAGCUAAGCUCAAAUAUACGUGAGCCUACCUUCUUGUUUCUUUUUUUUUAAAUAAAAAGCAUUUACUUUGAAAACUUCCUGUGAUUUUUGGACAUCCAACCGAUGUCUGAACAGCUUCUCAGCUUUUUUUCUCAAGACUUCACCUAAGCGUUGCUUCCUCUCACAGCAUGUGUGCGUUCAGAUGAGCCAGACCUUUCCAAAAUGUUAACACAAAAGACAGCAUACAAUGUUACAGUUCACAUUUUUAAUAAAACAUCCAGGGUGGCUCAUCGGGUAUGAGACAAACACACAAAUACAGGAAAAUAGCUUUUGGACAAAAUGCUCUCUCUGUAAAAACCAGUGAGAUCUGGAGCAGUUUUUCCAAUAUCCAUGAAGGAAACUCACACUCACAGCCCUGCAACCCUUUUAUCUUCCUAGAAAUGUACUGUUUUCUAAUUAAAAGUUAUUAUUUCCAUGUGGUAUUAUGUGUGUAUUUCCCUGCCUUUAGACUAGCAGUAUUGCUAUAAUAACACAUAUUUGCAUUAGUUAUUUCAAUACGCAUCCUUUAUUUUGCACCGUCUGUAUCGUCAUGUCUGUAUCAAUCCUGCAGAAACUGCUGUUCAGAAGAGGAAACCUGAGCGUUCCUCUAUUUUGAGUUCCAAAAUAUUUCUGUUGUCAAAACCUUUGCACAGUUUUCAAAUAUUUGCAACACGGAAAUCACAACGCUAGAGUUAGAGAAAUGCGUCUUAAAAACAACGUAUGAAAAAAUACCUUAAUGUGGAGCAAAAAAAAAGAACAAAGAAAAUAAUUCCACGAGCAUCCAAACCUGAACUCCACCAAACAUGAGGACCACCCAUUGACUGUAUAAGAGAACUGGACUGAGUGCCUGUGAUCAUGUCACCCAUAGAAAAUGCCUUACUCCAGCAAAAUGUAGCCAAAUUAGUUGCCAUUUUUCAGCCAUACGGACGCUUUUAAUGAGGCAUGUUUGGUCUGUUUUUAACUUGAAUGACUUGUGAUAAAGUUAUGAAAUGUGCGGGGGGGGGGGAAGGAUUAAUCACAACAUGUUAAAAAAAUCCAGAAGAUUAAGAAUAUUUGUUCUGACAAAUACAAUAAUAACUGUUUAGUUCUCAAUAGAAGUCUAUGGGAUUUUGGCUUCUUGGAACCAGCCUGUUUGGAACACGGGGGGAGGAGUCACUCAGUCCAUGUCUCAUAUACAGACAAUGGGACCAUUGCACUGGAGCAGCAGGGUUCCUGCAGCAGCGUUGUAAACAGAACAGAUGGAACUAAAUGCAUUUAAUGCAUUUGCACCAAAAAACAAAAACCUCUCAAAUCAAUCCGGCAUAACAUAAAAAAACAAACUUUUGUCAGCAGUCAACUUUAGGAAACAAGCAGCAGAUGCUGUAAUCAUGUCGAUACUCAAUACCAACCGGCUGUAGAAUAAGUUACAAAUAAAUAAAGUACGCUUUAGCAAAAACAGACACCAUGGUAGGAUAUGAAUCUCCUAAUUCCCUGUACUACAAAUUUCACUGAAUUACAACACAAAACUACAAGUAGUGUUUGAAAAAAGAAACGAUA